UUAACAAUAGCCUGACGCAGUCUGUAAGGCUAUAGAGGGACUGAAACAAUAUGCCUAACUGUGUUUGAGUGUCCUUUGUUACGUUAGGAGGGUUGGUAAAGGUGCUACGGUUACCCUAGUAUAGAAUACCCUUAGGAAGGACGUGACCCCACUUUCGGGAUUCGGCUUUUUAGGUUACAUCAUGGAUCCUCAUGAGAAUCUGCAUGCAACGAAGGAAUCCAUGAUGAACAAGCUUGCAAAAGCAAAGGAGUACAAGGAUAAAGGGAAUUCACAUUUCAAGCAACAGCAAGUGUCAAAAGCAAUUCAGAGUUACCACAGUGGCCUCAUGUACAUCAAAGGAAUAGAGCAGGAUACAAACCCCAACAGACUUUUUGGACAGAGUCAAGUGCCUGUUGUAUCAGAUGAAGUUAAAGAAGAAAUUUCUGGACUUACAGCAGACCUUUACAAUAAUCUCGCAGCUUGUUUACUCAAACAACAACCAGUGCGUUAUGAGAGGGUUGUGGAAUGUUGUAAGGAGGUAACAAAACUAAAACCAGAUAAUGUGAAGGGAUGGUAUCGCCUAGGGUUAGCCCAUUUCCAUUUGAGAGAUUUUGAUUCUGCACAGGAAGCCUUAAAAGAAGCCAACAAAAUAUCAGAUGGUCAAGAUAUGGCUAUUAAGCGACUUCUAGCAUCAGUUGAUCAAGAACUGAAGAAAGAAAACAAAAAAUUUAGUGAUAUGUUCAGAAAUAGCCUGUUGGUCAAGCAGACUUGAUAACUGCAUGGUUGAGAAACUCUUUUAAGGGAUUUGAAAGCUAAUGUAGAUAAAUUGUUAUUUUUUUUCUAUCUUGCAUACUUUUGAUAUUUUCCAUACUAAGUAACUCUUCCUUGUGAUAUUUAACUUUGGCUUUUUUGUGUAAGAACAGAAUUCUCUUGAAAUAUCGUAAACAAGGUGAAUGUGCUAUCUUAAUCAGACACUUUUGAAAUAAGAAUACAGUUAGACCAUUCACUAUGCAUUGUAUGGAAUAGAAAAUGUGGCUUUAUUCAUUUUAAUUAAGUGCAGCUGUUUUAUGUUUUGAAAAAGCUAUCGGUGAAUUAUCAGAAGUUUGAAUUGGAAGAGACAGAUUAUGCUGCUAAUUGGAACAAAGAAAGUAUUUCAUAGAGCAAAUUUUACCCUGUGAAGACUUAACUUUUAGGGUGCCUUGAAAAGUUAUACAGAUACUUGCUCUUAAGCAGUGGCAAAGCUUACUUUUAUUGGUGUGAAUGAGAGUAUACCCAGCAUUGUGCUUCAAAUGUGCUACAGUAAAGUUGAAAGUGACAGUAAAAUUAUGAUUCAGUAA